AUGAAGAGAAAGAUUGAUCACACUCGCACUAUUCUCAUACUCUUCUUUUGCCUCAGCACUACUACUACUGCCCAAGAACCCCAUAUUUUCCACAAUGCAGGCUUAACAGACUCCCACAUCAAGCAAAGGCUGCUCCUUAAUGACGGUUCCAGAGGUGAGACUGUCACGGUGUCACCCUCACUUAUUUUUCCCAACCCGAGAAUCAAGACUGCCUACGUUGCCCUCCAAGCAUGGAAGCAAGCCAUGCUCUCAGACCCUCUGGGACACACAGCCAACUGGAUUGGAUCCAAUGUCUGCAACUACACUGGAGUCUUCUGUGCUGAAGCUCUCGACGACCCAACAAUAGAAACAGUCGCUGGCAUCGAUCUAAACCAUGCUGACAUUGCCGGGUACCUCCCAGAAGAGCUUGGCCAUCUUUCAGACAUUGCAUUGUUUCACGUGAACUCCAAUCGUUUCUGUGGCACUGUCCCAAAGAGUUUCAGCAAGUUGAAGCUUCUUCAUGAGCUUGAUCUAAGUAAUAACCGGUUUGCUGGGAAAUUCCCUCUUGUUGUUCUUCAACUGCCAGUACUUAAAUACCUUGACAUUCGGUUCAAUGAAUUUGAAGGUAGAAUUCCCAAGGACCUAUUUGAUAAGCAUCUUGAUGCCAUCUUCCUCAACGACAACAGAUUCGCCUAUGAACUGCCACAUAAUUUAGGAAACUCGCCGGUCUCAGUUAUUGUUCUUGCAAACAAUAAGUUCCAUGGAUGUUUACCGGCCAGCCUUGGCAACAUGUCCAAGAACUUAAACGAGCUGAUCCUUACUAGAAAUGGGUUGUACUCCUGUUUGCCAGAGGAAAUAGGAAUGCUCAAGAAUCUUACCGUGUUAGAUGUGAGUCAUAAUGGUCUUUUCGGUGAGUUGCCACACGCACUAGGUGAAAUGUUGAGCUUGGAGGAGCUGAAUGUGGCUCAUAACAAUCUUACAGGGACUAUACCAGAGAGCAUUUGUGGGCUUCCAAAUCUGAAAAAAUUUAGCUUUGGGUACAACUUUUUCACAGGUGAGCCACCAGUGUGUUUAGAUUUGGAAGAGUUUGAUGAUAGCAGGAAUUGUUUGCGGCGUAGGCCAAAGCAGAGAUCCAUGUUGCAAUGUAAAUUAUUUUUGUCCAAGUCUGUUGGUUGUAGUUCUUUUCGAUGCCAACCAUCACCGCCACCACCAUCUUCUCCCCCGCCGCCGCCACAACCACAGCAUGCUCCUCCACCACCACCGCUGUCAUCCCCACCACCUCCAGUAUACUGCAUUCACGCUCCACCUCCCCCUCCACCAAAUUUCGUGCCACCACCUCCACCAAGUCCUCACUACAAUUCACCACCACCCCCGUCAUCGUCUCCACCAAACUCUCCUCCACCCCCAACUCCGCCACAAUCUCCCCCACCCCCAUCUCCACCAAUCUCCCCAUCACCAUCUUAUCCAUCCCCGCCUCCACCACCCCCUUUACCUCCUUGUAAAGAACCUUCUCCACCUCCGUCUCCACCACCAUGUCUGGAAUAUUCUCCAACUCCACCACCUACUCCAGCAUGAGAUUGCCUGUUGCCACCAAUUAUUGCCAUCAUGGGGCACCACCUCCACCA